AGAUAACUAAGGUUCGCACAUUUGAGCAACAACAACAUGUUAACGAUCACAACACUCUGGCGCCAACCAUCUUCCGUCCCGACGAUGUAGAGAAAUCUGCAAGCGCCGACCAGAUCAACCUCUCUCCUCGACUUCUGGCCGCACGUUGAUGCCAGACUUUGGAUUCUGGUCGGUUGCUUCGUGCAACACUCAUGGUUGAACCAAGCAAGGCGUCGAUCUUCGCUGUCAAUCGCUGGUACCGAAGAUGACUUUCUUUCCUUUCGCAAUAACGCGAUGAAUGUGUGAGAUGUACCAGCUUUUGAGCCUUUCAAAGGUAUGGGCAAGGACCUGGUUUUCUUUUUUGUUAUAAAGGCGAGGUUGUCUGCGUCUGGCAGGAUCUGUUCUUGCUGAAUAUGUCCACUCAUUUUCCCUCGACCGUUGCAACCUAUCACACAGCUUCCCCUUAAAACAAAUCACCACAACGUUCACAAGCCAUGGGCGUACUACUGACCCUCCCGAUCCUCGGAUCUAUUGCUUACUAUAUGACUGUUCCAAGUGUCGUAAUGGGUGUAACGUCGGUUCUUUCAGCGGGAGCAGUAGGCGCAAUUACCGGGGUAGCUUUUGGUUGCGCAUGCGACGGCAAGGGUAUCGGGAAAUGCAAGAGGUCCUGCGGUGCUGCCAUGCAGACUGGUGACUGGUCCGACGAAGACGUCCUUACUCAGAGAAGAGUGACCGUUUUCAACGGCGUGGGCUCGUGGGCUGAUCCGCGGAUUGCUGGUGUUUCCCUAUACGGCGCCUUCGGUACCGAUGGCAACAUCAUGGAAACUCCAGAGAUCGUCCUCGGCGACAUUAUUUCCUGGUAUGACUUUGUAGCCCUCGAGAACGGCGAGAACCGUCUUGGAUCGGUCUACAUCACCAACUCGGGUACCGAUCCCAUCUGUGUCGCUGGUCUUCAGAUCCCCACGAGCAACGGUGUUUUGACCAUAUCCGGCAAUCUGGCAAAGGUCUGCCAUGUGGACAACUACGCAUCACAAAUCGGUGUCUUGACCAAUGAUAGUGCAUGCGUUUGGGUUGACCGUCAUGGUUCAAAUGGUAUCCAGAUGCCCGGAUUGUUGUUCGAUCUUACCCAGGCGGACGAUACGAUGUCGGGGGGCAUUCCUAAUAGUACGGCGUUGGAGGACUUGUGUACGGCGCCUUUCGUUGUACCAAGAUCACAGCCCGUCAAGAGGAGCUUCCCUGGGGAGGCAAGGGACUUCGAUUUUCGAACCCAGCUGGUCAAGAGCAGCCGAGAGGGAAACAGCGCGGUACGACUCUGCGCCGACAAAUCUGCCAAAGGGCCUGACUUUGUCAGUCUCGCAGAGAAUCUCUACUGCGAUAUGGAGUCCCGAAUCGUGUAUCCCGUCUGCGACAACAACCAAAAUUCUUGCUUCGAUUUGGAACGGGAUGAGCUGGUCGAAAUGGCUAAGACUCCCGAGCAACGUGAUCUCCAACCACAUAAAGCCAAAAAGGUUAUGAAGACCUUUAAGAAGGUCCAGGUGUGGACUUAGAGAGGCACGGGUGUCUGACCAGCACUCAACUGCCAGCAGUACGCACCACAGGGCUCGGCAACGGCAUCAACUGCCAGUGCCGCCGACGCUAUACAUGGUACACAAUUAACAGACGCAGCACGCCACUCGUCCCCGGACAACGGCGACAGCGUUAUACGCGCAUCACGAAGUUUACAGGCUGAUAGGAUGAACGUACCUAGUAUAUACAAAGGAUCCCAUACGACGUAACGUAGAGUUGAUAGAGAGAUAGAGCGCCAAAUGAGAAGCGAUAGCAAGGCUUCAUGUCCC